AUGUCGGUCAGGGGCGCCAACAGCGCGACAUGCCGUUAUCUUCUUGCGCAGAACUACAGUCGUGAACAUGCAUACAUUGCACACGUCAAUUGCACAAGCGGCUUCAACAAAGCCAAUGGCGAAACAGGUAUUGCCUUCCGUAUGCCGUUCAGCGGGCGGCCCGCGGACGCUGUGUACACAUCCAGUGCACACGGGCUUCUGUAG